ACAGAGUGUGGCAUCGAUAUCAGAGCAGCCUCAGUGUACUCAGGAGUGUUCACACAGAUCUUUAGAGAGGAGAGAGGGCUGUACCAGGACAAGGUGUUCUGCUUCGUCCAUCUGAGUGUUCAGGAGUUUCUGGCUGCUCUUCAUGUCCAUCUGACCUUCAUCAACUCUGGAGUCAACCUGAUAAAAGAAACACAAAAACAAUCUUCUUUUGCCUAUGCAUUUUUGCGUCAUCACAUUGUUUUGAACAACUCUGAUGUAAAUAAUCUCCAUCAUAAUGCUGUUGACCAGGCCUUACAGAGUCCAAAUGGACACCUGGAUCUUUACCUCCGUUUCCUCCUGGGACUUUCACUGCAGACCAAUCAGAGUCUCUUACAAGGUCUGCUGACACAGACAGGAAGUAGCUCACAGAUCAAUCAAGAAACAAUUCAGUACAUCAAGAAGAAGAUCAGUGAGAAUGUGUCUGCAGAGAAAAGCAUCAAUCUGUUCCACUGUCUGAAUGAACUGAAUGAUCGUUCUCUAGUGGAGGAGAUCCAACAGUCUCUCAGUUCAGGAAGUCUCUCCACAGAUAAACUGUCUCCUGCUCAGUGGUCAGCUCUGGGUUUCAUCUUACUGUCAUCAGGAGAAGAUCUGGAUGAGUUUGACCUGAAGAAAUACUCUGCUUCAGAGGAGGCUUUUCUGAGGCUGCUGCCAGUGGUUAAAGCCUCCAACAAAGCUCUGCUGAGUGGCUGUAACCUGUCAGAGAGAAGCUGUGAAGCUCUGUCCUCAGCUCUCAGCUCCCAGUCCUCCAGUCUCAUAAAACUGGACCUGAGUAACAACAACCUGCAGGAUUCAGGAGUGAAGCUUCUCUCUGCUGGACUGAAGAGUCCAAACUGCAAUCUGGAAACACUCAGGCUGAGUGUCUGUAACCUCUCAGAGAGAAGCUGUGAAGCUCUGUCCUCAGYUCUCAGCUCCCAGUCCUCCAGUCUCAGAGAACUGGACCUGAGUAACAACAACCUGCAGGAUUCAGGAGUGAAGCUUCUCUCUACUGGACUGGAGAGUCCAAACUGCAAGCUGGAGACUCUCAGAUUGAGUUAUUCUACCCUCUCAGAGAGAAGCUGUGAAGCUCUGUCCUCAGUUCUCAGCUCCCAGUCCUCCAGUCUCAGAGAACUGGACCUGAGUAACAACAAGCUGCAGGAUUCAGGAGUGAAGCUUCUCUCUGCUGGACUGGAGAGUCCAAACUGCAACCUGGAGGCCCUCAGGCUGAGUGGCUGCAAACUCUCAGAGAGAAGCUGUGAAGUUCUGUCCUCAGUUCUCAGCUCCCAGUCCUCCAGUCUCAGAGAACUGGACCUGAGUAACAACAACCUGCAGGAUUCAGGAGUGAAGCUUCUCUCUGCUGGACUGGAGAGUCCAAACUGCAACCUGGAGACCCUCAGCUUGUCAGGCUGUCUGAUCUCAGAGGAAGGCUGUGCUUCUCUGGCCUCAGCUCUGACCUUUAACCCCUCCCAUCUGAAAGAGUUGGACCUGAGCUACAAUCAUCCAGGAGACUCAGGAGUGAAGCUGCUGUCGGCUGGACAGAAGGAUCCAAACUGGAGACUGGAAACUCUGAGGGUGGAGCCUGCUGGAGUCCGAUGGUUGACACCAGGUCCUUGGAGAUAUUCCUGUCAACUCACCAUCGACACAAACACAGUGAGCAGAAAACUGAAACUGUCUGAAGGCAACAGGAAGGUGACAUGGAAGGAGAAGCUUCAGUCAUAUCCUGAUCAUCCAGACAGAUUUGAUGAGCCUCAGCUUCUGUCUACAACUGGUCUGACUGGUCGCUGUUACUGGGAGGUUGAGUGGAGAGGAAAAGCUAAUAUAUCAGUGUGUUACAGAAGAAUCAAGAGGAAAGGAGACGAUGAAGCCAAUAUUUUUGGAUGGAAUGAUCAUUCCUGGAGGCUGUUCUGCUCUGAUAGUGGUGGUUACUCUGUCUGGCACAAUGGCAAAGAAAACUCUAUCUCCUCCUGUGUCUCUGACAGAGUAUCAGUGUAUGUGAACUGUCCUGCUGGCAUUCUGUCCUUCUACAGAGUCUCCUCUGACUCUCUGAUCCACCUCCACACCUUCAAAACCACAUUCACUGAACCUCUCUAUGCUGGGUUUGGGCUCUUCAGGUCUUGUUCUGGUUCCACACUGUUUCUGUGCUCUUAGCUCUUAAUUUUUAACAAUUAAUAAAUUCUUACAGACUGCUAUAAAUUCUGCGGCAUUGCAGAGUGUUGCAGUUAUUGUCUGAAGUAACUGGGUAAAAUGCUGGUGCCAUCUUGUGAGUAACCUGAAAGUUAAACAAGACUGAAUACACAUAAGGUGAGAAAGUUGUGAGCAAUUUAAGCAAAGAUAUGAGUGAUUUAUCUGCAGUCUUGGAGGAAGAAGCUAGUUUGAGUAAUGAAGAAAGGGAGCUCCUUCUACAAAACGACGGCAACCUUAGUUUUAUUUUAAACCAUGUAGUUCAGGAACUAUGAUGAAUCCAAUGUCUCUGGGGAGAAAGAAACAUUCUUUCUCCAACCCUUCCAGUAGUGAAGGGUCGAAGCUGAACAUCUGUCACCUCCAAAUCACUGAAUGGUAGUAAGCAGAGCUACUGUAUGCAUAUAAUAAUUAUUCAUCCUCAAUUAUUAUCUAUUCAAAUAAGUUACUAUAAGUAACUGGUUCAUGUUCUGUGUUCUAACAUAUGAGUGUUCUGUAUUCAGUAACCAGCCUUCCUAUUCCUCCUAUUUCCACAUCUUGAGUUAGAUUUUUCUACUUCUGAUUGCUAUAUAGUUUUUCUGUUAUAAUCUUGUACAGUGUAGGAUUAUCUUUGGAUGUCACGUGCCAGAACCCACUGUACUUUGCAUGUUACAUACAGAAAGA